CACAUGCCCACACAUAUAGAAUUUUCUUGCUUAGAGCUUGUGAAGUGUUAUUAUACACUUUAACAGACGGAGAUGCUGACUUUUACAAGCGCUUUGACAGCUGACAGCUCCCAAAUGACAGAUUGCAUGCACAGAGAGAGCAGAAGCGUUAGCUGCCUAAAACAAUAGUUGGAUAUUUAAAGUAUAGACAAAUAAUAGGCCGCCGUAGGAAGGAAGGAAGAGAUGACCGACCGCCGAGGAUUGCGUCGUAGUGUACAGCAGUGUAUCAGCGAUUAUCCGUAUCAUAAUGCCAAUGAUCUCCAAACCGAUCUGCAAGCCAGCUGCAAAAAUUCGCUGGACUUUGUGCAACGCCUGAGCCUCUUGAAUAAAUUUGAUGUGCACACCGGCUGCGUGAACACGGUGAACUGGAAUGCCAGCGGCACACAUUUCGUCUCCGGCUCCGAUGACAAUCAUUUGGUCAUCACCGAGGCCAAAACGGGCCGCAUCGCCGUCCGCUCCAAGACAAUGCACAAGCGGCACAUAUUCAGUGCUCGCUUUAUGCCGCACACCAACGAUCAGGCGAUCGUCUCGUGCUCCGGCGAAGGCAUUGUGAUGCACACCGAAUUCCUUGCACCCUACGGAUCCGGCAAGAGUCGACCCGAGGAGGCGCUCAUCGAUGACGCCGGCCGGGCGGCCAGUCUGUUCGAUUGCCAUGCCUUUGGCAGCACGUACGAUGUGCAGCCGCUGCCCGAUUGUCCGCGCACGUUCUUGAGCUGCGGCGAGGAUGGCACCGUCCGCUGCAUCGAUCUGCGCAUCAGCAGCAGCUGCCUGGAGGCGGUCUGUGAGCAGCACAUCUUUAUCACAGCGCCCUGUGCUGUCACCGCCAUGGAUGUGGCGCCCAUCAACUAUCACAACAUCGCCAUCGGUUGCUCCGAUUCGAUAGUGCGACUCUACGAUCGUCGCAUGCUCACAUACUCGACCACGGAUCGUGAACGCAUCACCUGUCCACUGAAGGCAUAUCCCAUACCCAUGGAGUACACGCGUCGUCACUAUCGACCGACGUGCGUCAAGUACAGCGCCGAUGAAACGGAGCUGCUGGUCAGCUAUUCGAUGGAGCAGCUAUAUCUGUACGAUUUGCGACAUCCUGGCUACGAAGAUGGCGAGCUGCUCAAGAGCGGCUGCUAUACGCCCAAGCUGCGGCGCGACGAUGAUCCCGAGGCGCAAAUGCCGCGUCUGCGCUUUCGCGGCGAUUGGUCCGACACGGGACCCAAUUCGAUGGCCACCACCGAGCAGGGACAGAAUCGCCUCAAUGUCGGACAGGCGCGACCGCCGCUUGAGCCGGGCGUGUUGAAUCGCCUAAGCGAUGAGAUCUUUCGCAUGCUCAACUCCCAGACACGUCCGUCGCGUCCCCUUGCUGCCAGUAACAACAGCAGCGGUGGCGGUGGCGGUGUCAACAACGGCGGUGGUGGCAGCAACAACAGCGGCAGCAACAGCACUCCACGAAGCGGCGGACACUUGAGUUGGCAGGAUGCCGUCAUGCGUACGCUGGACAAUCGCAGCGAGUCGGCUCUAAAUCGCAGUAGCAGCCAGCUUCUGACACAGAUCAGCAUGCAGCCAGGCAAUCCAAUCGAGGCGUCCUCACCACCGACGCCGCCUCCACCGGCAACAACAACUAGAUCCCCAACUGCUGAUGGUAAGUCUGAGCACACCAUCACACCUAAGUGUCUAACCAUGAUGAAUGCUGAAAAAGUGACAACCGAAGCUGAAACCGAAGCCACAGAUGCAAAUCAAAAGAUGGACACAGGGACGACAGAGAAAAGCGCUGAAUCUGAAGUGGAGCCGGAGACAGAGGCGGACACCAAAGAGGACACGGAUAUGGUGGAGAUGAAAGGAGAUGGCCCAAAGUAUCCGAUAACGAAAUUCGACUAUGUGAAAAUGUCAUUUAGCGGACAUCGCAAUUCACGCACAAUGGUGAAGGGCGCGUGCUUUUGGGGCGAUGAUUUCAUAAUGUCUGGAUCGGAUUGUGGCCACAUCUUUGUGUGGCAACGUCAGACGGGGAAAGUGGUGAAAACCCUGCUGGCCGAUCAUCGUGUGGUGAAUCGCGUUCAGCCGCAUCCCACGUUGCCGUAUCUGCUCAGCUCGGGCAUCGAUUACAAUGUGAAACUCUGGGCACCCAUCGAUGCGGCAGCCAGCUUCGAUGAGGCGGGCACAACUGGGCUGAUGCAGAGCAAUGAGAUAAUGCUGGUGGAGGCACGCGAUACAAUAACGGUACCUGCACAGAUCAUGAUACGCAUCCUGGCCAGCUUGCAUCAGUAUCGUCGCCUGAUGCAUGCCACCGAAGGAGGCGCCACGGCGGCCAAUGCGGCAUUCAGACAGCGACGCAACGAAGCCAUCGUGGCAAUGUCAGCUGGCGAGGGGGGCGAGGCAGAGGCUGGUGCAAUGGACACCGAAGCGAUGGAGACAGAGGCUUUUGUCACACUCGAGGUGAUCGAGAGCGACGGCGACGGCGGCGGCAGCGAGGCUGCCAACAAUAAUAAUAAUCAUAAUAAUGACAAUGCUAACGACGACGGUGAUAGCAAUGGUGAUAACAAUCAGAGCAACAGUAACUCAAAUGCAACCUAAACUCCCUAAACACACACACAAUCUAGUCAUUUAAUUCACAAAGCUUACCUCCAUUGAUAUACAGUACAACAGAACGUUAUAUUAUAAUUCAUUUUUUUUUUUUUUUUUUUGCAUUCACGGAAAUCGACAUUACGUAAUCGCGAGCACACAAAUCCCCCUAAGUUUUAGAUAAGAUUCCCACACACACACACAUACACACAAAGAAAGCAACACACAAAUACACAUACAUUCCCCACAGCCAUGCAGUUCUGAUACGUCGGCCGAUUUCUAUAUUGUACAUGUAUAUCAAUGUUGGAAGAUUAAAAACGCAUACGAAGAAACCAUUCGUAUAAGACACAAAACAAAAAAAAACAAAAA